GCGUACAGAAUGUUAGAUAAAAGAUUCACCAAUACCAGUAGACUGAUGGUGUCGAGUAAAGUGUGGCAGAAAACCAUUCCAACAAAUAACUGUGAUGUUUUGCUCACGUUUCCUGCUAAGACAGAGGAUUCUACGCUUAUGUGGCUUCUAGCAAGAUUAAAGUGGCGUGUACCUGAAGUUGUCGUCAAUGUCCGUCACCAUAGUAGCUCUGGAAUUUACGGAUUUUAUAUGACAGCUUCGUAUGAAAAUUUAUUGAAGGGUGCCGAUGAUUUAGCAAUACAGAAGCCAUUAAAAUCAGAGUAUGGGGGUGGAUUGAAGGAAUUCACUUUCGAAGAUCAGGAAUGUUUUGCUGGCGUGGAGGACGAAAAAAUGUUUUUAACGAGUCAAGAACGACAAUCUAUUGUACAUUAUAUGAUAAAUAAUCUACGAGCUGAAGAAGGGGAGGAGCUUGGAAAAUUGAAAUUUCUAGAAGGACAACCCAUUGUGCCAUUGUUGGAGUCUAAGAAUAUCAUAUCUCAAGUCUUCCCUCUUCACAACAGUACAGACCUAGAAACUCUCAAUAAAACUUGGGUUCAGGCUUUUGACAAAACACAGCCUUUAGAUUCGAUAUGUGAAUAUUUUGGUGUUAAAAUUGCUAUGUAUUUUGCUUAUCUGGGUCAUUAUACCAUUUCUCUUGUCUUUCCUACAGUAUUGGGUAUUUUAUUAUGGAUAUUACAGGGCAAUCAGGGUUUUGAUGAUUUCUCGUUUGUUUUAUUUGCUGUUGUAAAUGUGAUGUGGGCCACGUUAUUUCUGGAACAUUGGAAACGUACGAGUGCCGAGCUGGCAUAUAAAUGGGGAACACUUGAUAAAAAAGAUGAACUGUUAGAAGACCCCAGGCCACUUUUUAAGGGUGACUUGGUGAAGAAUCCAGUAACAGAUCAGACAUGUUUUGAAUAUCCAGCCUGGAAACGGAAUUUAUUUCGUUACUUAGUGACAGUUCCUGUUAUAUUUAUUUGUUUGUUGGUUGUUUUUGUUGUUAUGUUGCUGAUAUUCCAACUUCAAGAGUGGAUCAAUGCUUUAGUCUUGGCCGGUCGAAUUCCAGGGUUUAUCAAAUUUUUACCAAAAAUAAUGUUAGCUUUAUCAAUUGGUGUGUUAGAUGAUAUUUAUAAAAAGAUUGCCUAUUGGCUCAAUGAUCAAGAGAAUUAUCGUCUAGAAAACACAUAUGAAACAUCUUUAAUUAUUAAAUUAGUUUUGUUCCAGUUUGUAAAUUCAUUCCUAUCAUUAUUUUAUAUUGCAUUUUAUUUACAAGAUAUGAGUCGAUUACGUGAUCAAUUGGCAGCCAUUUUUAUAACACGUCAAAUUGUUGGAAAUCUAAAAGAAGUUUUCAUGCCAUAUUUUAUCUGGAAAUUCCGGUUGUUUAAAGUCGGGUAUAAAAUGGCGGGAGAAAUGUCACCAGGAAGUAUUGCUAGGGAGUUUAAGGAGAUGACAGAACCUACAAAAGAAAAAGUUGAAGCAGAUUCACCAUUGUUAGCUCAAAAAUCAAGAACAGGAGGAUUUAAACUUUUAUUGCAGUAUACUGAUACAUGGGAAGAUUAUAUGGAGAUGGUCAUACAGUUUGGUUAUGUGACGCUUUUCUCGUCCGCCUUCCCUCUUGCUGCCUUGUGUGCCUUCAUUAAUAACAUUAUCGAGAUUCGCAGUGAUGCCUUUAAACUUUGUUUCCAUCAUCAAAGACCAUUUGGUAAACGUGUGGGAAGUAUUGGAAUUUGGCAGGAUGUUAUGGAAGCUAUGGGUAUUAUAGCAGUAAUAGUAAACUGUGCUCUAGUUGGUACGUCUGGUAUUGUACCACGUGUAGCUCCUGACAUGUCUAGUUCUACUACCAUAUUAAUGAUUAUAGUAAUUGAGCAUGUGAUUCUGUUAUUAAAGUUUAUAUUAGCUAACGCCAUACCGGAUGUGCCAGAAUGGGUUGCUACAGAGAAAGCAAAAUUAGAAUUUAAACGAAGAACAGCAUUAAAGGUUUGUUUAUCGUUAUUUUUCGUGGCUCUUGCUGAUUUCUCCAAGUGCAAAAAUUAA